ACACACACACACUCUUGCUGCUCCGUAACACGCAUACUCACGCUGCACCCUGAUUUUCCGUGUCUUUUUUCUUCGUGACAGACCGGGGUGAUGGAUGGAAAGGACAUUUUCCUGUCAUUAAAGGAUAAAGGGGCUGGUUAGCCCUGACCAUUAUCCGUUUCCAAUUCACCAACUCAAAGACGCCCGAUCCAUCAAAACUCCGGGUCAGUGCUCUAAAAUGAGUCUCUCCGGGAAGAGAGAGGAGGGGGGCCCUGCCUCUAAAAUUAAUCUCUCUGAGGGACAUGACACCAAAGUUAAGAGUCUAAUCAAGCAGGAGAGACCAGCCUCCCCUGUUCCCAGCUGUGUGUCCAUGAAGAGUGACCGGUCUAUGAAUCAACCUCUAUACUUUAGAGAGGGAGACUUUUCUACUGAACAAAGUGGAUGGUCUACUCUGCCAGAGGAUCAGUCCAGGUGUGCAGUGUGUCAGCAGGUGCUGAGGGAUCCAGUCUCUAUCACCUGUGGACACCGGUUCUGCAGACAGUGCAUCACCAGAUACUGGGAGAAACCUGCUCCUUCAGGAGACUAUGACUGUCCUCGGUGUAGAAAGAGAUCCAGAACACGUCCUGUACUACAGCACCUGAGUGAACCCAAUGAUGCAAGAGGCUCUGACUACAUGGAUGACAGCCUGCAGAGAGCUGUAGUAAACCAUGAAGACAGUCUGCAGAGAGCUGUAGUAAACCAUGAAGACAGCCUGCAGAGAGCUGUAGUAAACCAUAAAGACAGUCUGAUAAGGAGAUAUGAAUGUGUGAUAGAAGGCAUCGAAACAGCAGGGACUCAAACUCCCCUUAACAGGAUUUACACAGAGCUCUACAUCACAGAAGGAGAGAGUGAAGGGGUUAACGAUGAACAUGAGGUGUGGCAGCUAGAGACAGCAUCCAGGACACCAACCUCACAUGACACAGCAAUCCACUGCAAUGACAUCUUUAAACCCUUACCUGGCCAAGAGAGAAGCAUCAGAACUGUGCUGACGAAGGGCAUCGCUGGCAUCGGAAAAACUGUCUCUGUGCAGAAGUUCAUCCUAGACUGGGCUGAAGGGAAGGCUAAUCAAGAUGUGGAGAUCAUAUUUGUGCUUCCUUUCCGGGAGCUGAACUUGAUCAAAGAUCGCCAGUACAGUCUUCUCAGACUUUUAAAUGACUUCCACACAGAACUAGACAAAGGCAAUGCAGAGAAACUCGCUGCCUGUAAAGCUAUGUUCAUCUUGGAUGGUUUGGAUGAAAGCAGAUUUCCAUUGGAUUUCCAGCACAAUGAAAAGGUGUCUGAUGUCACCCAGACAUCAUCUCUUGAUGUUCUGAUGACAAAUCUCAUCAAGGGAAAUCUGCUUCCCUCUGCUCUCCUAUGGAUAACCUCCCGACCAGCAGCAACCAAUCAGAUACCACCUCAGUGUGUUGACCAGGUGACAGAGGUACGAGGGUUCAAUGACCCACAGAAGGAGGAGUACUUCAGGAAGAGAUUCAGUAAUGAGGACCUGGCCAGCAGAAUCAUCUCACACAUAAAGACAUCAAGGAGCCUCCACAUCAUGUGCCACAUUCCAGUCUUCUGUUGGAUUUCUGCAAUAGUCCUUGAACACAUGUUGAGUACAGACAAGAGGAGAGAGAUGCCCACGACUCUGACUGAGAUGUCCAUACACUUCCUGCUCAUUCAGACCAGCCUGAAGAACCAGAAGUAUCAUGGAAGAGAUGAGAUGGAUCAAGAGGAGCUCAUGGAGUCAGAUAAGGACAUUCUUCUGAAGCUGGGGAAGCUGGCGUUUGAAAAUCUGGAGAAGGGUAAUCUGAUGUUCUACGAAGAAGACCUGAAAGAGGCUGGCCUUGAUGUCAAAGAAGCUUCAGUGUACUCAGGAGUGUGCACACAAAUCUUUAAAGAAGAGUCUGUGUUGUUUCAGAGAGUGGUGUACUGCUUUGUUCAUCUGAGCAUUCAGGAGUUUCUCUCAGCUGUCUACAUGUACCAUUGUUACACAACCAAGAACAUGGAUGAACUGAAGCCCUUCCUCAAGAGAAAGUCUAGAGGUGCGUCUGAAGAGAUAACCUUGGAUGAGCUGCUGAAGAGUACCGUGGAUAAAGCCUUGGAGAGUAAGAAUGGACACCUGGACCUUUUUGUCCGCUUCCUUCAUGGCAUGUCACUGGCAGCCAAUCAGAAACUCCUACGAGGUCUGGUGACACAGACAGAAAGCAGUCCAGAGAGCGUCAAGAAAACAAUCCGAUCCCUGAAGGUGAUGCAGAGGAAGAACAUCUCCCCUGAGAGGUGCAUCAAUCUCUUCCACUGUCUGAUAGAGAUGAAAGACCAUUCAGUACAGAAGGAAAUCCAAGAGUACUUGAGGUCAGAGAACAGAUCCAAAAACCUCUCCCUUGCUCAGUGUUCAGCGCUGGCCUACAUGCUGCAGAUAUCAGAGGAGGUUCUGGAUGUGUUUGACCUGAAGGAAUACAAGACAUCAGAGGAGGGUCGUAGGAGACUGCUCCCAGCUGUUAGAGGCUGCAGGAAAGCUCUGUAA